AACCGUAGGGGCACAUUCAUACUCGUACCCUUUAUAUGACAAGUGAAUUCCAUUACGGCCGGGGUAUAAGGAGCCGUUCUCACUUAGUUUCAACAUUAUCUGGUACUAUUCCGGACAUUAAUCAAGUUAGAUGGAACCAAAGUACAAUGGCUGCGCGACGGGGAACGAGUCAGAGAACAGCGAUAGUUCAGACGACACCAGCACACAUAGCGACAUACAGCCUAUGCGAAUAAAAAUAACCAGGAAACGAAAAGGGGAGCAUGCCACCCCCCACAAAGUCAUCGAGAAGAGGAGGCGAGACCGGAUCAAUCGAAGCCUGGACGAGUUAAGGGCGAUCAUACCAGCUGCCCGCAAGUCGCAAGGUAUGAAAAAUGACAAAGUUGAUUUACUCCAGAUGACUAUCGAGUAUCUUAAGUCGUUCCAGCCAUCUUUGGACUUUGAAUGUAGCAGUGGAAACCACAGUGAAAAAGAAAACGACGAUAGCAAUGCAGGCUAUCCGAGCUCGCACAAGGUAAAGGUUUCGUCUCCGCAUCAACUCUCCCCGACUGACGUCAUGAUGAGUGGAUUCAAGGAGUGCGCCGAAGAGGCGAUACGCUACCUCAUCGAGGAAGAACACCUCCCGCCGGAUCACCCACUGGUGGUGCGGCUUUCCAACCAUCUGAAGAAAGUUCAGACAUCCUUCGAAUUCAACGCGAUCAUGGAACACGCUGAUAUAUUUUCCUCCCGUAUGGAUGCCCCCGUGAUGACAUCAGCACCGGAAAUGACACAUAGCCGAUGUUUCCCGUCUCCAGAUCACCACCACACUCCGUCCAUCGUGCGCGGGGCGCCCAAUACUAGAACUCUUCCGGCGACCAGCUACGGUGAGCUGAGAAUCGAUACCGGACCCGUUUAUACAUCAUCCAUGAGUAGUCAUCAACAGCGCGAGCACAUAAUUGGCCGGAUCCCGGGAAUCCCGCCACCACAGCUCGGUAGCGCCUGCAUCUCCCCGACGGCAACGGGUACCGUUUCGGGAACCAGUGUCACACCAUCCGCAAGCCUGACGCCUCUCUUCGCCUACGUCCCGAGAUAUGCCUAUUCCUCAGUGCCUCCAGUGUACCUGGCUAGUCCACCUAUCAUUACAAGUCCAAGUGCACCCCAAAUCCACUCUUCUCAGUCGGCGGCUCCAUUGACGGCUGGUAACCACUCGCCAUAUGUUAUGGCGUAUCUCUCACAGAAUACUCAAUGAAUGACCUGACCUUUUUCGUUGUCGCAUUUCCCAAAUCACGUUACUAGAAUUUCCACAUUACAAGAGCGACAUACAAAUCAUGAAGUUGUGAACAAUUGUAUAAUUUCCGACGGAGGUGCAUAUUUCUCGCCAAUAUUUGGUUUUUGUUGCGCUGUAUUGGACUAUUAAAUCCCCCUAUUAUUUAGCUGCACCGGAGUGGGGGGGGGGGUGCAUAUAUUCCCUGAGAUCCGUGCUCACACAAUUUUUUGAUUAUGUUUGAAAGGUUUCCAAAUCCGGGACAUGGAAAUAACUGAGUUAACGUAUUCUUUGCUAUUUGGGCUAAAUACAUGUCGCGAGAAAGUGGCGUUAGUUUUUGCUCGAUGGUAGAAUACAGAUUACGUGGCUGCGAUGAAAAGAUGGUACUCUGAUCAUCUGAUUAAUUGAAUCCACUCGGUAUAGCGCCACCUAGUGUCAACAAAAACAAAUUCUACUAAGUCGAAUGUGUAAUUUGUUUUUGUGAAUGUACAUAGGCGUGUCUGUGUUUUAGGAACGUAACGCUUAGAGAACAAAUGUAUGAUUUAAUUAUAUUUAGAGAAAGAAACAAAAUAUUUUAAAAUUUUACCGAUGCGAUAUAUAUAUAUAUAUGAUGAUUUGACUGCCAAUUGUUAAAUGUGA